AUGAGACCUAUGGCCCCAAAAUAUUUCGUCCUUUGCGGCAUCCUGCUCUGUGUUGGAGCGGCCUCGACUGUUCAGGUUUUCCGAUGUGAUUUUUGCACACUUAGUUACAACUUAACUUUCAGCUAUUCUGACUGGAAUAAGCGCUCCUCAUAUUUGAUCCUUGGCUUCUUAAACAACAACAAAUUCCUGACCUAUGAUAGCAAGAGUCGAAAUGUGGAUUCGAAGUCAUGUGGAAAAGUAAAUAUCCAGAAUCUCAAAGAAGAAGAGAAGGAGCUCAGAAAAGUCAUUUCGUAUAUAGCUCCCAGAAAUGGUGAGAAUGGAGGGUCUCAUUCUCUCCAGGUCACUUAUGGCUGCGAACUCCAAAUCAAUGGUGAUGCCAGGGGCUUCUGGGACUACUUCUAUGACGGACAGAAAUUCCUCAGUUUCUCCCUAGAGGACUGGAGUUGGAUAGGCACCAGUCCAGAGGCUCAGAAAGCCAAGGAAAUCUUAGAGAAGAACCAGUCCCAAAAGAAGAUCAAGGCCUAUAUUCUGGGGGACUGCCCUGCUGAGCUUAAGAAAUGCCUGCAAUAUCAGGAAUGCCUGAAGAAGACAGGGACAGAGAUACCUGACCAAUAUCUGCCUAAACCGACAACAUCCGGAAGCACACGGAUCAGCAUCAGCAGAGGGGUUACUGGAAGGAUUAUCAUCUUCAUCUUCACCAUAAUUCUUUUGGUUUUAGGUGAAUUAUCAAGGGGUCUUGGAGGUGACUUUUUGGUGGAAGUGAAGGCAUGA